AUGUCUACUACAAAGCAACAACAGCAACAUACAUAUCAUCCACCUCCAACUUAUGGAUUUUUUCCUCCACAGCCUCCGCCAUCAUACACCCAAGAAUUUAAACCUGGAGGAUAUUCUCCCGGUUUUUCAGAAUCACAAGGGCACCAACAAGCAAGUUCAAUGAUGCCAAUGCCAACGCCAGUUUUUUCUGCUUAUACACCUCCACCUGCACCACCGCCUCCACAAUCGGUACCAACUACUGUUGGAGGAAAUGAUUCAAAAUAUUUCCCAAGACCAAAAUAUCAAGAUUUAUGGGCGGCAAUACUAUUUUUACUUCAUUUCGCAGCGUACAUUGUGAUUUCUGUAAUCGCAUUAGCAAACUUUGGAAAAUUACAACGCAGUCCGGAUAGAAAACCUGUACAAAGAGUCACGUUGGACUGGAGUGUAAUUUGGCUGUUGUUAUUUAGCGCUGGAGUCGGAUUCUUUUUUAGUUUGGUCUAUCUUUUUAUGGCAGAAAAAUUUCCAAGACAAUUUAUAACAGCAACAUUUAUCAUCUCGAUUGGAUUUUAUUGGGGAAUCACUGCUUAUUAUUUUGUAGUCGGAUAUUUCGCGUUUGGUGGACUUGUGCUUCAGUUUUUGUAUCAAGUGUGGUGGCAAGAUAUUUACGAUUACAGCCGCAUACCAAUACUGGUACCCACCAGCAUGCAAACAAAAUACACGGCACCCACAAUGCGACACGAGCAAAUUAAACGGCGUUAUCGUCUUUCUCUUAUUCUCAUUCUACUGGACAUCACAGGCACUCCCCAAGGAAUGCCACGCUCGCCCACCUUCGAAAGCUUGAAACGAGCAACAACGACGAGUUUUGGAAGCGUGUGUUUAGGAAGUUUGCUGGUCGCCUUGCUUCAAACUAUUCGUGCUCUGUUGAGGACAGCCGCGCAGGAAGCUGAUAAUCCGCUUGCGCAGUUUUGCGCGGUGUGUGCAAUGUUUAUUAUUGAAUGUUUUGACGAAUUGCUGCAAUUCUUUAACUUUUACGCGUAUACACAAGUGGCAAUUUUUGGAAAAUCAUAUUUGCACGCUGCAAGGGACACUUGGACAUUGAUAAGAGAACGUGGUCUAGAACUCGUUGCCAACGAUAUCUUGGUAGGAAACGUUCUAGUAAUGGGUUCGAUCUUAAUCGGGAUGAUAACCGCAUUACUCGGUUACCUAUUCACCAUAAUAAUUCAGCCAGACUUUAACCGAGGCGGCACAUUCACCCCGCUGAUUGUAUUUCUCGCAUUCAUUAUGGGAUUCCAGAUGAUGAAUGUGCUCAGCUCUGUGAUUCAUAGCGGUGUUGCGACUACUUUUGUCGCGUUAGCUGAGGAUCCUGGCGCGUUACAUAGAACCAAACCUUCAUUGUUUGAGAGGAAAAAGAGAAAAAGAAAUAGUUUUGAAGCAUCUCAUAAUACGCCAUGGACAGACAAUUAUGAUCCCCAUGACUUUUGUAAUGCAAUUGAUAUUUUAAAUCAAGAAGUGACAGAUUUCGUUACUUAUAUUUCUCCGUUACCAGAAGAACGCGAAAUGCGUCAAUCAGUAAUAUUACGCAUCAAUCAGCUACUACGUAAUGAAUUCGAUUUAGGUUCAGUGGCAAGAGCUUACGGAAGCUAUAACACAGAUCUCUAUUUACCAUCAAGUGAUAUUGAUUUGGUGUUAUUUUGUGAGAUAAAAAACAGAAAAAGGCUUGUGUAUCAAAUUGGCGAAGUGAUCCGUAGUUUAGCGAUAGAGUCUAGCAUCCUUAAGCUACCAUUUGCUCGAGUUCCGAUUGUGAAAUUUGUAGAAAAGUCUUCGGGAUAUCAUGUUGAUAUUUCGUUUAAUCAAGCGAGUAGCUUAAAUUCCGCGAAUGUGACAAAAACUCUCAUUCAACGGUAUCCCGGAUCAAGAGAAUUGUUAUUGGCGGUGAAAUAUUUUUUGGCGUCGCUUUCAUUGAAUGAUCCUUCGCAAGGUGGGAUGGGAAGUUAUACGGCUUUGUUGCUGGUCAUUUCUUUGUUGCAGAAACAUCCAUUAGUAAAGAACCCUAAUUUCGUGGUGAAGGAUAAUCUUGGUAUGAUGCUGAUUGAAUUCUUCAAGUUAUAUGGGGUAGAAUUUAACUAUAAAAAGUAUUCGAUAAAUGUCAGUAAAGAGGGAUCUUAUGAACUAAAACCAGCAAAGAAUAAAGAUAGCUCAAAAUUUCUCGUAAUCCCAGAUCCUUCUGAUCCGGACAACGUAAAUGUCGCAACCGCCACCAGCAAAUGGAUAAACAUACGCCAAGCAUUUGCUUCUGCUUACGAAACUCUACAGGAAACAGUCAACCAUAUGGAUCACGUCCUAUAUGAGAACAAUGAUAGUCCGGAGGUUGUACAAUACGAUGCCAAAAAAGGAAUAACAUUACUGGGCACUAUCAUUUCUAUUGAUCAAAAAUAUCAAGAUGCAAGAACCAAUGCAGUUCAGGCGUAUUUAUUCAAAUAUGGGUUUGCACGUAAGUUUGGUGAAAGGGACGAGUGGUUCCGUCGUGCUUCUUCUCCACCAAGCGGAAAAAGGAAACAACCUAAAUAUAGUCGUAUAGUCAAUACUAUUGACAACAGGGAUGGUGUUUCAUCAUGGUACGAUAAAAGUAUAUUAAUGGAUUAUAAAGCAAAAAAGCAUGGUAUCGAACUACGGAAUAACAAACUUUCACCAAGUCGAAUAAAAGAUAAAUCUAGCGAUGAAGUUAAUUUUCAUAGUACAAAUUUUAGGAGAAGAAAGAUUAAAUCCGUUAAGAAUAAAAGAAGAAACAUGUGA